AUGGUAUCCGACAAGUUUUAUGCUAUUGUAGCGGGCAUUGGCCCAGCAACUGGGAGGUCAGUCGCUCUGCGCUUCGCCGAGGCGUAUCCAGUGGUCCUGCUGUCGCGUCAGCCGGACAGCUACAAGGAUGUCGUUGCGCAGAUCAACAAGAAUGGCGGAAAAGCAAUCGGCAUCUCCGCCGACGUGACGGACCCGGCUUCCUUUGCUUCGGCACUCGAAACCAUCAAGAAGGACUUUGCGGAUUUGCACCUUGUCGCCGCGAUUUAUAAUGUCCGCCCCAACCUGCGACAAAGCCGUAAACCGUUCCUCGAGCUGACGCGGGCGGAUCUGGACACGAGUCUCACUGGUAACAUCGGUGGUCUCUUCAACUUUGCUCAGGGCGUAGUGCCGCUGCUUCUCCAGGCUGUGGAUCGUUCCCCAUUGCCGCCGACCCUGAUCGUCACCGGAGCGACCGCAUCUAUUAGAGGCUCCAAGCUGUGGUCUGUCAUCGCGGCCGGGAAAUCUGGGGCGCGCAUCUUGACACAGUCCCUCGCCAGGGAGUUUGGUCCCGAAGGAGUUCACGUCGCACACGCCAUCAUUGACGGCGGCAUUGAUGUCCCGGACGCAGAGCAUGCUGAUCGCAACGAUGCUGCACCGGACGGCAAAUUGAGUCCCUACGCUAUCGCCGAGAGCUACUGGAGUCUGCACACGCAGCACAAAUCUGCCUGGACGCAGGAGAUUGACUUGCGGCCGUUCAACGAGAAAUUUUAA